CUGCGCGCGCAGACAGUCGGUCUUACGAGCGGGGAACGAGCGCGCGCGUCGUUUAAAUUUCGAACGUUUAUUUUUUCGAUGUUAUUUUUUUAAAGUUCAAUCAGCCAGUGUUCGGAUAAGUUUUUGUGCGGUCAUUAUUAUAUCAAUAGUGUUGUGUACUUAUUGUGAAUCAAGUGUUUUUUUUUUUUAUUGUAUGCGAAAUUUAAAAUAUAAACCUACCCGAGUGACAAUGUGUGCGUAACAACAAAACAAAAUGGCGGUCAGAACUAAACUAGCGUUGUUCAUGGUGACAUUGGUGUUUGUUGACAUUAAUUGUGAAAGUAACACAGUGAGACUGAACUAUGAGAUAGAUGAGGCGAAAACAGCUGAUCUCCUCCGUGGCAGUGGUGAAGAAAGUGAAGAAUAUACCAAAGAUAUUGAAACCAAAUUCAAAAAUAUAGAACCCGAGAAAUCUAUGACCGAUGUUGUAGAUUAUGAAGAAAGAGUCACAGAUGGUGGUUUAGACGCUGACCCUUCCGUCGACAAUGUAGAUAACGAUAAGUUAACAACUGUUGACGAUGCGUCUACAACGAUAAGUACUUCUGAAGCACCCGAAGAGUCCGAUUUAAAAAACAUAGAGGACGAAUAUGUAGCGGAAACUUCCGAGGAUAAAAAAACGGAGGAAGCUGUCACCGCAACAAUAGACACGACCGAGGCGGAGAGUACAAUAUCUAUGAUAGACAAUAAUGUUUACAAAACCAGAGACAAUAUAGAGGAUAGUAUUAAUAACAUUGAUAGUGCAUCGAAGACUGAGCCCACCACACAAUCCACAACUAGGCCAAUGGACGAGACGGACGCAGCGGCACCGAGGGUUACUGGUCUGGAUGACGAGCUGGAAACCGUCGGACAGAGGAACCCCAAGACAGAGAAUACGGAGUCGAAACAGCCGAUCGACAAGCGCGACCAUGAGAAACACCGCCCAUCUCCCGCAGUUAGCAAGAGCACGACUCUCCGCCGCUGGCUAGAGGAUUCGUGGCUCCGUCCGCCUGCUGGUAUCCUGGUACCAUUACGGCCUAUGGCCCUAAACAGGGCGCUAGCAGUAUGGAAUGACCUGAUGGUUGGUGGGCUUAACGUGACAGAUAUAGUGAUUGUUGGAUAUGAUUCUAACGGUGUGACUUGGAGGUCCAGGCAUAAUUUGCAGCCAUCGACCAGUGCCCACGGCGACAGGGCUGUAUCAGAAGCACUGUCAAAGCUGAUUCUCAAAUAUCAAGAUAUCAACAAUGACGAUUCCAGCGACGGUACGAUGAGGGCUCUGGCAUCAGCGGCCAAGUUGGUGCCGUACGACAGUGCUUUAUUCGUGGUCACAGAUAAGGGUGCUGGUGAUCCGCAGAGGCUGCCCUUAGCUUUGAGGGCCUUGAUUGAGAAGAGGUUGAAGGUAUACACAAUAUGGACAGACCCCAGGCACCAGACCUCCGAAUCAGAGGCAGAAUUACAAGAACUAAGAAACAUAUCGCGGCACACGGAGGGCGACGUGUUACCUUACUCUUUACAAGUGAUGGAGAUGGACGGCACAAGCAAUCUGGCGACGGAAGAGCACAGAGAACACUGGGACUCCGUGGGGAUGGUGCAAGGAAGACAACCACGCCUGAAUAGACGACCAGAAAUUGAUAAAUUAGAGACCCUACUUGUGAGACGUGGAGGGGGAGAGGCUAUCUCCUUAGGAGUACCAGUGGAUUCCGGAGUGACAGCACUGAGGAUCUACAUCGAAGGGGCUGUUGAACACGCGGUCUUGUAUCCUCCUAAUGAUGCGCCACAAAUCGAUUUAUACAAUUCCACAUCAGUGAAUGCCUUCUCACCAACAUCAAGAAGCGAGGGUCAAACACCAAGAGACGUUUACCUGGUCUUUCCAGGAGUCGACCUGGAUAUAGACACGCUGUCAGUGAUACCCGCUCGUCCGUUCAUACCUGAGUCACAAUCAAGCAUGGUCGGUGUGUGGCACCUGAGCGUUCGCUGCAACACGUGCGAUUACAGACUACUGAUAGCUGCGCGUGCGCAGUUGCACUUCGACAUCGAAACUGACACCCCAGACAUGCUGAAGAUGCGUAUAUCGGGACCGGUGGCCAGUAUACGGGACUCGUUGCUGGUGGACGAGUACGGAGCUGAACUCGCCAAGUUGCCUUUCAGUUACCAGCCAAUGAGUACGAACAACGGAGAUAGCGUAGACGUACCCAUUUCGGAGGUCGUCGCCGAAGUGGACCUGCCCACAGUGAGGGGCUCGAGGGUCUACGCCAAGAUCGUCGGCAGAGAUUUACGAGGAGACCCGUUCGUCCGUCUAGCAGGACCGUUGAGCAAAUCGCCUGAACGCAUGGGAAGAUCUGCGUCUAUCGUAUUCCCCGAGUCGAUGAACGAUUUAGAACUCGCUGAGGAAGAAAACUCGAGGAUAUACAAUCAGAAACUGAGAUACAACGACAGCAAUAUCCUACCUUACAGUAGAGCUAUCUCACAGGUGGUCAACCAACGUGGAACCCUACUGACAGCCGUGCAAAUUGGACUCAGCACGAGACUCUAUGGAGCACCAGGUGAUAACUUGCAGCUACACUUCGAGGUAACGAACUAUCGAGAACAAGCAGUAUCAUUCCGGUUCGGAGCAGUUGGAGAGCUCAGAUUCUUGACGGGCAUCAGUCCUUUGGCACAAACCAUACAGUCUGGUCAGACGGUGAACGUGAUAGUAAGUCUCACCAUCUCGAACAGCGCACAGCCCGGCGCGAGGGACUUGGUCACCUUCACAGCUUACGGUCAGGAACAGGUGUCAAUAUCGACAUACGUGUACGUGAUCAACUCUGGGGACACUACGGUGGACACUUGGGCACCGGAGCUACGUCACAACUUCCAGGGUACCUGCCUGCAGCGGUUGGGCGACGAUUGCGCACAGCACGUAUGGUCGGCGACCAUUAUCGCCCGAGAUGCCGUAGGUGGAUUACUUCGGCUGUCAUCGUCUCCGGUCGGUCUAACGUACGACAGUAACUUCAUAGCGGGCUCCCGCGAGGAGGUCAUAGCCGUCUACAGGGCGACCUGCUGCGCGCCAAGGGUCAUGGUGACGGCCGUGGAUGCCUUUGGCAACGCGAACAGUUACAUCGUCGAUAUAUCAAACUAUUACACGCCGGCAGCGAUAGCUGCGAUCGUACUUAGUGUGUUACUGGCCAUCGCCAUAAUUGCACUGAUCGUCUACCUUAUUCAUUGGUGUGUGAAGCGACGGCGGGAAUCCAGAGAAUUACCCUCAUACGCCACAUCGUCAAGGAAUAUCAGUUAAAACAAUUAUACAUAAGUGUUCUAAAUUCGAAAUUAAAACAGGAAAGAAAAAGUCUUUCUUUUUUCAAAUGUAUACAAAAAAAAAUAAGUAUUUUUAAAGAACGCGAAAAAAGUUUUUAAUUUUCAAAUGUGUGAAGUGUCUGGCAAUUUAGAUAACAUUACUAAUUGUCUACCUUAACUUUUGGUGAGUGAAGCAAAGGUUGGAAUCAAGCGCACUACCCUCAAAAAUAAUUGUUAACAUAAUCGUUCUAAAUUUGAAAUGAAACUAGAAAAAUAUUUUCUUUUUUGUAAACGUGUAAAAAAAGAUAAGAAAAUUAUCUUUACAUCAAUGUUAUUGAACUUUAAAAAUAUAAAAAAUAUUUAUAUGCCUACACAUAUUUAUAAUAAAAAAAAAAUAGUAUGUCCAUUAUUUAAAGUAAUAAUUUAACAUACGUUUUUUCCAUGCUUUGAUAAUAAAAAUACCAGCUAUAACUUAUCUACCUAGGUAGGUUGUUAUAAAAUAAAUACUAGUCUGAUAUUAUAAUAUAUACAUUAUUCCACACAUUUUAUAUACAAUAGUACAUUACUGCAGCGGCCAGCAACUGAGGCAUUGACGGACAAACGUUCAAAUGUGGGCCGAGGCGUAGUCGAGGCACACAUACGUGAGUCCAUCAAUGCCUAGUUGUGGCCAAGGCUUUUAUAGUACUUUUCUCAAACAAUGCGCGGAAAUCAAAAGCACAAUUUUACUUAUUAAUUUCAAUGACGACUAACGUACAAUAAUAAUUUUUCACGCGCCAUAAUGUUCCUUUGAUUUUUUUUUUUCAAUAAACAGCUUCCUAUUUGCAAGCCAGUUAGAAAUUUAAAUAAAACCUUUUAUUAGUUACCUCCUUGGUAGCCAUGUUUCGAAGUAAAAGGUCAUUCCAUUUUUAAAUUACACGACAGAUAUGAGUUUACAUAGUAAUUUCUCUGGCCGCAAAACACGACAGAUUUUCAUACAACUUUUGCCGGCCGCUGCCCGCAUGUAUCUGGCCAGUAUGGCAAUUUUGAUUUAUCUCAAAGAAGAUUGUCAAAAUAAUGCUUACAUUUCCAAGCAUGUUUGAGAAAUUUAUAUAUUCAGAAUAACCAAAUUUAAGACCUAUAAACCUAAUAAAUAAUUAAGAAAAAUUAAAUAUAGCAUAACCAUGUAUGACAAAUCUAGUUAAUUUGAGACAAGUGCAAGAGUCUAGAUCCGUAAAAUAUUUAAAAACCUCAAGACACUCAAUAAAAUUUCAACACAGAUUAUAAAUUUUAAUAAAUAAAUUAUAUUAAAACGCUCUUUAAUAUUUAUUUGAAAAAUACUGAGCCCUUGUAAUUAGAAGUUAUAUUUAAAUAUUUACUAAUAUGUUAAGUUACCUUUAGAAUUAAGUUUAAGUACUUAUUAUAUUUUUGUUUGGAUAUUGCUUUUAAUUCCAUUCACUUUAAAAUGUAAUGCCUAAAACAAAUACAAAUAACUUUUAACAUAGCAUAAACAAUAGUAACGUUUUCUUUUUUUUUUUAUAGAGUACACUGUAUUCUUUGUAUUAUUACACUAAAGAGUUUCAAUAAAUAACUACAUACUUUAAAAAAAUAGAAUUGCACUUAGUUUUUAUUAGAUUAUAAGGAAAAAAUGUGCUCACUAUAAGGUAUUAUAUUAUGUAUUAUACAGGUAAAAAUUAAAACACUAGCACCCUUUUAAAGGAGUGUUCUACCAGUUUUUUCAUGUUUAUCAUCUUUGUAGCAAUCUGAUUUACAAAACAAUUACCAUAAGCGUUCUAAAUUUGAAAUGGUUUUCAUUUCAAAUUUAGAACACAUUAAAAAAACAUUCUCAUUAUUCAAAUGUUUAUACAAGCUCUUUGCCAAAUUAAAGAAGAAAAAAAUUUAUAAAAACAAUAGUUUUUUUUUUUUUUAUUAAAGCUCUUUCUUUAAACAAAUGCAAUGAGCUACCUCUUUGUAUGGCAUAACUAGUUUAUUAUUAGUAUUUAAACAGUUUCCUACAAAUAAAAACAUGUCUUGAAUGAAAAAAAUUCAAUUUUUAGAGCAGCCCAACUCAACAGCAGUGUAAUAUUUUAGUAUGAAAGGCACAGCUUUUUUUCUCUAUUCAACCAGUCCUUGAUGGAAUUCUCUCUGUAUGGAAUCUAAUGAUUUGUUCUGUAUAGGAAUAUAUUAUAGGAUUUUUUUCUUUUUAUAAUAAAUUUAAAAGUUUGUAUCAACAUAAUAAUUUUUAUAUAAAAUAAUACAAUUUAAUUAUAAUUAUAUUAUUUAUAUUUCUUUCAAAUACAAAACAAAACUUUCAACAUAAUUACUCUAGUGACUACACAAUCUAUUUUUUUUUUAAUGUAUAAGUAAUUUUUUUUUAAUUUAGAAAAUUUCUUUUACAUUUGUCUUUUUUCUUAUUUAUUGAUUAAUUAUAUUUAUUUUAAUUUUUUUACUAUUCCAAAUAAAUAUUUUUAUAGGAUAGUGAACCAGAAAUAGCAAAUAAUUGCAUUCUAACAUGAAAUAUAUUUUAAUAAUAUUAUUAAAUGUAUUGUAAUACAAUAGAUUUACUUAUCUCUAUGUUUUUAUUUUAAUUAUUAAUAUUUAAUAAAUAUAUUUCUAAUAUAAAUAAAUCUUUACUAAUACGGGUAGUAUAUUAAGAGCUAAUUAUGAGUUAAGGAAGCCAUAUUUUUUUUUUUGUAAAAAAGAAAAUUUGCAAAU